AAAUAACUCAAUAAUAUUAAACGUAAGAAGCAUCGUUCCCUUCACCACCACCGUCUGGAUUCGAUUUGGAGGGAGCUUCUUCUUGGAUCUACCCUCUCCAUUUCUCUAAUCGUCUCAAUUAUCUGCCUCUUCUUCUUCUACAAAGUCAUCUCUCUUUGAAGCAAGAUGGGGUUGUCUUUCACCAAGCUUUUUAGCCGGCUCUUUGCAAAGAAAGAGAUGCGUAUUCUCAUGGUAGGUCUCGACGCUGCUGGUAAGACAACCAUAUUGUACAAGCUCAAGCUGGGAGAGAUUGUGACAACCAUUCCCACAAUUGGAUUUAAUGUGGAGACUGUGGAGUAUAAAAAUAUUAGCUUUACUGUAUGGGAUGUGGGUGGCCAAGACAAGAUUCGUCCUUUAUGGAGACACUACUUCCAAAACACUCAGGGACUUAUCUUUGUUGUGGACAGCAAUGAUCGUGACCGUGUUGUUGAAGCUAGAGAUGAGCUCCACCGGAUGCUGAAUGAGGAUGAGUUGAGAGAUGCAGUUCUCCUUGUAUUUGCCAACAAACAAGAUCUUCCAAAUGCUAUGAAUGCUGCAGAAAUCACAGACAAGCUUGGUCUUCAUUCUCUUCGUCAACGCCACUGGUAUAUCCAGAGCACAUGUGCCACCUCUGGAGAAGGGCUCUAUGAAGGUCUGGACUGGCUCUCCAACAAUAUAGCUAACAAGGCUUAGGGACAUUUUUGGGGAACGCUGCUAUCUUGCUCGGCUUUACGAUUAUAUUUUGAAGUUGAUCGGUUGAUGUUUAAAGUCUUUUUCAACUACUUAUUAAGUUCUUUUUGUCUUUAUUUAGGUUUUUGAUACUAUAUUAUCAUAGCAAUCUUAUUUGUUCCUGUAGAAUUUCUAAACAAUUAAUAAUAUUAAUGAAUUACAAACUAUA